AUGGCAUCGAUUCGACCAUGUCUAGCUCUAGUAUCAAAAACAACCGGUCGUCGACAAUUUAGUUUAAGUCAACGUAUGCGUUUAAAAGAUAAUUGGGAUCAAGAAUGCUUACCUGGUGCUAAUGUGCCAUUUAGUAUACAAAGCAAAUGGGGUUUAGCUACAACAUUAGUUGUUUAUGUAGCAUCAGCUGUUGCAGUUCCAUUCUUGGCCAUGCGUUGGCAACUACUUAAAAAACGUGCUGGCUAA